AUGGUCUCUGGUAGUUCAGCCCAGGCUCCCCCAGCCCUGUACUGUCGCCAUCGUGGCUCCCCCCUGAGCGCCUCCCCCUGUCCCACUGACGCCACACGCUGCUCCCAUCCCCCGAAAACCACUUCAAACAGCCAGCGCCAUCAAAGCCCCACAGUCGGCCAGCCAGCCAGCCAGCCAGCCAUGGACAUUGAGCGAGUGAGUUCGCUGGGAUCGGAGGGGGAGGAUGAGGUGGGCCUGUGGAGCCUGGACCCCCAGGACUGCCAGGAGAGCCUGGACAAGACGAGCCUGACGCCCAGUGAGGGGACAGAGGAGCCCAGCAGCCCCACUCGCUCCAGCCGGCCGCUCAGCCUCAGCCCCGGCAGCAGGAACCCCUGGGUGCAGGUGGAGGCGGAGGCUGAGGGAGACGGCGUGGGAAGUGCCGUAUCCACCACAGACCGAGAGGGAGAGCAGGACGCACUGAGGAUGUACAGUAAGAAGUCAGACUCCCACAAUGCCUUGGAGGACCUGUCCCACUAUGAGUUCCUGGCCCAGCUGAGGAAGGCCUCAAACUCCGCCACUUUCCUGGACCACCUGACCCACAAUGGCACUACAACCAUCUACCACCCGGGCGGCAGACAUGAUGAGCUCCCGCCAGCCAUGUGGUCGCCUGGCGCCCAGCACCGCUCACCUGACGGAGCAGAUGCUCUCCCUCUGAGCCCGGAUGAAGUGAGGACCCAGCAGGCCUGUCCUUUCUGCCACAGGACGUACCAGCGCGGAGCCUCUCUGAGGGAGCACAUCAAAUACUGCCAGGAGAGGGAAGGGGGCCACAUGGUCUGCCCGCUCUGUGGAUACACUGCCACCUAUAGGGCACAGAUGGAAAGGCACCUGGCACUCCACAACCAAGUACAGGACAAGAGCUCCAUUACAUUGGACCAAGGCAUCGAGACCAGGAAGUUUAAAUGUCUGCAGUGUGGGAAAGCCUUCAAGUACAAACACCACCUCAAAGAGCAUCUCCGCAUCCAUAGUGGUGAGAAACCUUAUGAAUGUUCCAACUGCAAGAAGCGGUUUUCCCACUCCGGCUCCUACAGCUCUCACUUAAGCAGCAAAAAGUGCCUCAGUGGGGGAGGAAGUGGAGGAGGAGGAGGUUCAGGGGGAGCUGGAGGGACAUUUAAUGGACAUAGCCAAAGCUCCUACCACCAUUCCUUCCCUACAUCUCCCUCUGCAGGCGGGGGGAGAAGCAGCAAUGGCAAGGGCUCUCCAUUCCUUUUGCAGACCCAAGAUAAUGUCAGGUCUCUGGGUCGCGUGUCAGAGGAUCCUCACCACCUUGCCAUGCAGGAUAAUCACCAGAGCCCCAUGGCAUUCCCCAGAACACCCGACCUGGCUAGACUAUGGGAUCCCUCGGCCGAUCUCUCUCUGAGGGCCAGCAUCCUAAAAGGAACCACCUUGCUGCCUUAUCUCCACUCUGGGGCCAAGUUUGAGCAGAUGCUGCAGGAGAUGCUUCACAGGGAAAAACGAGAUGAGGGGAUUGCUGGAGGAGGAGGAGCUGUAAUGGAGGAGCGGAGGGUUAUUUACAACGGAGAAGGGGCAGACAGGAAGGUGUCGCCUGACAGGAGUGUAAGAAGAGAGAGGGUGAGGUCUGGUGAAGGGGAGAGAGGUGUGCUUGGGGUUACAUGCCGCUGGUGCUCGCAGCUUUUUCCUAAUGUGGCGGUGCUCCUGCAGCACGAGCGUUACCUCUGCAAAAUGAACCGAGAGGCUGUGGAGCUGCCUGAGGGUGUUCGGAGCCCCGCGCCACUUGUUUUCUUCUCUAGACCCAACUCUCUUCAACCAACAGAGAGCAGCAAACCAAGUGGAGUAAGCAAUGGUCUCUCUGAAGACAAGUCACCAUUGCAGAAGCCCAGCUGGCAUUCUGUACCACAGCAGCUUCUUGUUGCAAUGCAGUCCCCGCCACAGCCCCGUCCUGACCCCCUGUCCUCACGACCUUAUUGGUCCAGCCGGGAGAGUGGCAGUCCAAUCAACCAAUCCUCAGAGCUGUCGUCACCUCAAGCCAGAAGGAGGGUUCCAUCCUCAGGAUUCGGUUCUCCUCUCUGCCUCGACCUCUCCACCUGCCCUCCUGAACUCUCCUCCCCUCAGGCCCAGACAGCUCUCCAAACCAGAGCCUCCUGGUCAGCAGAUGGACAAAAUGAACCUCUGGAUCUCUCCUUGCCCAAGCAGCUCUCAGACCAAGAGGGCAGAAACAAAACUGUAAAUGGCAACCCAGCCAGAGGCGAGAAGAGAGAGCUAGAGAACCAGCAGCUUAGAAAACUGAGUCCAACCCAACCUCCACAUCUACCCUACCACCAACACCCAGUCUACAGUGGAGCUGGAGCACCUGUGUUUGCAAGCACCAUGUACAAUGGUUUCCCUGUCUUCAACCAGCCUGGUUUAGGGGUAUCAGGGCAUGACGGUGUCCCAUCUAUUCCUCUCAGCCGACCAGCUACUAGCCCUGGGUUCCUUUCUCCUUUGGCCUACAUGAUGGACACAGAUCCAGAGGCCAUGCUGAAAAAGAUCCACCAAGAGCGGCAAGCUCUCAUGGGUGAGAUGCUGAGUCGUGGAGGUUUGGACUACCUCUCUCUAAUGGACGAAGGGAUGGACGGAGAAGGAGGACCAGGGAGGAAGAGACUGAAGAAGACAGAGGAGGGACUGUACGCCUGUGACAUCUGUGAAAAAACCUUUCAGAAGAGCAGCUCUCUUCUUCGACACAAAUAUGAGCACACAGGUAAGCGUCCUCAUGAGUGCAAGAUCUGCAACAAGGCCUUCAAGCAUAAGCAUCAUCUCAUUGAGCAUAGUCGGCUGCACUCUGGAGAGAAACCCUACCAAUGUGACAAGUGUGGCAAGCGCUUCUCCCACUCGGGUUCUUACUCCCAGCACAUGAACCACCGCUACGCUUACUGCAGCAAGGACCAGGACCCAGACCAGGACCCAGAGGAAAUGCCUCUCACCCCGGGGACCGGCACGGAUGUAGUGGGUCGUUUGGCCGGAGAGACUUCGCUCUCAAUGGAGGAUACCCAGACUCCCCACUCCUUCCUCAGUGACUCCAGUAUGGAUGGAGCUCCAGGAGGCCUCAAAGAGGAGGAAGAGGAAGAUAAAGAGGAGAGAGUGCGCGACGGUCACGAAGAGCAGGCACAUGUCAGAUUGUCAGAGGCAGGAGAGGGGCUGGAUGCUAGCCCUGACCAAGAAUUGCCUACAAGGGAGAAUGGAGAGCAGAAUGAGAGAAACAAUGGCGAGGUAGGAGACCAAAUUGGGACUGACAAUGCAGAGAGCCAUGUCUGGGACAGAGACCCAAAGGAACAAAACGGAGACAAAUGUGAACUGAGCCUGGAUUUGACAGACUCACAACUUCCCAGGAUAAAAAAUUAAAUUAAUCCAGCCAAUUCAAAUACUUACACAAGUACUUUUUAUAUGCAUUAUUGCCAGUGAUAUAUAACAGUGCAAAAAAAUUCUUCUCAUUUUAUAAAAUGGAAAAAUGCACAGAACUGCCAAAGCAUGAGGGGCCUUAAAAUGGAUAAAGCCAUACCAACACAAUAUAUGUGACAACAAAUUGCAGUUAUCAUGCAAAAUAGACUUGACGGACCUACUGACCACUUUGUGAUGACAGCGUUCAGAGGUUUGGUUCAUCUGAGGUCAUGUUACACAUCCACACAUCGCCACUGCAGAAGUAUCACUUUUUAAAUGCUUGCUGCUGCUGACUGUUGCACAACCCACUGAGUAGAGAGGUUCUUAAUCUUUUUAUGUCCAGGACCAAGUGAAUAAAAAAUAAAUAACUAAAUUCUUACUUUGUUUAAAAUGUCAGCACUGCUCACAUGUGGGAAGCCCACCAAAACUUAACUCAUGGGUUAAGAAACCAGGCCCUGGAGGAAUAGUUUGGAAAAUCCU